CAUUCUUUCGUUCCCUCCCGCUCGCGGUCUCUGCGUCUCCGAGGGGGUAGGUUCUUCGACAAUCCCAGCCGGUCGCUUACCGUUAGUCGCAGCAACCGCGCACAGCUUCUCCUCGCCGUAGCCGUCGUUCGUAGCAUCCACUCAUCAUUUAUUCAUUGUAUGUAGAGACAACUUCUCCCCUGCUUCAGCCGCGUUGAUUCUCCAUAGGAGGAUAGAAGUUUUGCCACUUUGUUGUUGAUAACUAUUUUAGAACAUCCACAAGGCUGUCGCGAUCAGUUGGUGGUUAUUGAUCAUGGAUGUAGGAAUUGAUAACUUUCGGAAUGAGAAAGUUCAAAGGUUUGAGGAAUUUGUUGACCGUCGCUUGAAACCUGAUUUGGUGCAUGCAAUCUCUGAAAGGGAUAAAGUGUUUGAGCAGCAGAAGGUGUUUUCAGACCUUCGUCGAAACAUUGAGAAUUUGGAGAAAAAUAGUAUAACUAAUCUCACAACGUUGGUCAAUCUUGGCUCUGAAGUCUAUGUACAAGGCAAUGUGGCAGAUACACGAAGAAUAUUUGUAGAUGUUGGGCUCGGGUUUCAUGUGGAGUUCACAUGGUCUGAAGCUUUAAAGUUCAUUUCUCUCAAAGAAGAAAGGUUAGCCAGACAGACAGAAGAAUACACUCAUUUAAUUGCAUCAAUUAAAGCGCAGAUCAAGUUGGUCUGUGAAGGGAUUCGUGAAUUAUUACAACUUCCAGCAGAGAAGACUGUGGAAGGACGUGUAUUUUAAGUUCCGUUCCUCAUAAUUCCUCCUUUUCUAGGAAUGAAGAUGGUCCUGAAUCACUGCUCUGUGUAUAAAACCCGUAAUUUUUAUGCAUUUUGUAAACUUGUUCAUCUUUUAGAAUUUAAGAAGAAAGAUGGCUAAUGAAAAUACUGCGCCACCUUAUCUGACAGUGGCAGAGUACACUUUCAUGAACUUGAAAAAAUUAUGAAUGGAAUUAGACUGCAGGUUUAUUAAGUGCCCAAUUUUGCUU